AUGGCAGAGGUAAAGGCGGGAAUUAUUAAGGCUGGGUCUUCCAAAGAAGAAAAUCUACCAAUUUACAAGCUGGAGAUUAUUGUAUCUGAUCCACAGAAGCGUACUGGUGAUCAAGGAACUUCUUAUGUAAGUUACCAGAUUUCUACCAAAACUGAUAAUCCUUCAUAUCAUAAAUAUAACGACGACACUAAAACAAUUAUUGUAGUGCAUAGAAGAUACAGUGACCUUUUACUACUGCAUGACAUAUUGAGCAACGAGUAUCCUACCUGUAUUAUUCCGCCAUUACCUGAUAAAAAAGUAUUCCAAUAUAUUGCAGGUGAUAGGUUUAGUCAAAGGUUUACCCAGAAGAGAUGUCACAGUUUACAAAAUUUUUUAAGAAGAAUAUCUUUACAUCCCAUCCUCUCACGUUCAAAUAUCCUUGAAAUAUUUUUGGUCAGUAAUGAGUGGGAUACCUAUAAGAAAAGCUUCGUUGCAAAUUUGCCAACUAAUAAGGAAGAAGUCACUGAUGCAUUCAUGAAUGCCUUUAAAGCUGUUAAUAUUCAAAGCGAAGAGUUCCUAGAAAUAAAAGAAAAGAAUGAUAAGUUAGAUCAUACCAUAUCAAAACUCGACAGUAUUUAUCAUAAGGUGGUCAAGAAGCAUGAUUCGAUAUCUGAAGAUUAUGCAAAGCUCGGGACGAGUAUUCAAGAUUUGACCGAACUUGUAAGUGGAAGUAAUAACGAUAAUUUAUCAAAAAAACUGAAGGUAUUCAAUGAUGGAAUAACACAACUUUCUUAUGGUUUAAAUGAUUUGAACAAAUUUCUAGAUUUUGAAUAUUUGGUUGAUUUGAAAGAUCUAGAGCACUAUAUCGAAAGCAUGAGGCAACUUUUAAAGCUAAAAGAUCAAAAACAGAUUGAUUAUGAAGAAUUGAGUGAGUAUCUAACCAAAUCAAUCAAAGAGCGGGAUAAUCUCAUAGCAGGUUAUGGAAGUAGUAACUUUCUCACAAAUAAGCUUGAAGAAUUAGCAGGUAUAAAUCAAGAGGCUGCAAGAAGAGAGAAGAUAAAUAAGUUAGAAAUUAAGAUAACAUCACUAGGUACAGAGUUAGAAGUGGCGAAAAAAGUAGCAGAUGCAUUUGAACAAGAGACUUUGAAGGAAGUUUCACAUUUUGACGGUAUUAAAACUAAAGAGCUCAAAGAAUCAUUAGGAAAUUUGGCUGACGAGCACAUCAAGUUUUUCGAGAAAAUGCUGGAUACUUGGACAGAAGUUGAUAAAGAUUUGAAUUAA